UCUUACUGCCACUGCCACUCCCCAAUCUCCACUCCCUCCCUCUCUUAUCUAUCAUCCUCCGACAUUCAUCCCCACUAGCACUCGCCCACUGAAUUAAAAAAAAAUCAAAAACAAAAAUGAGGGAAAUCCUUCACGUACAAGGUGGGCAGUGCGGGAACCAGAUCGGAUCCAAGUUCUGGGAAGUGGUCUGCGACGAGCACGGCAUCGACCCCACAGGACGUUACACCGGAAACUCCGAUCUGCAAUUGGAGCGCGUAAAUGUUUACUACAAUGAGGCUUCGUGUGGAAGGUUUGUCCCACGCGCCGUGCUCAUGGAUCUCGAGCCGGGGACUAUGGAUAGUGUGAGGACUGGACCUUACGGACAGAUCUUUAGGCCCGAUAACUUCGUGUUUGGACAAUCUGGAGCUGGGAAUAAUUGGGCUAAGGGGCAUUACACUGAAGGAGCUGAGCUUAUUGAUGCUGUUCUUGAUGUUGUUAGAAAGGAAGCUGAGAAUUGUGACUGUCUGCAAGGUUUUCAAGUUUGCCAUUCUCUGGGUGGAGGAACUGGUUCCGGGAUGGGUACCCUAUUGAUCUCAAAGAUCAGAGAAGAAUACCCUGAUAGAAUGAUGCUCACUUUCUCUGUCUUCCCAUCACCAAAGGUUUCAGAUACAGUGGUGGAGCCAUACAAUGCCACCCUUUCUGUUCAUCAGCUUGUUGAAAAUGCUGAUGAGUGCAUGGUGUUGGACAAUGAGGCUUUGUAUGAUAUCUGUUUCAGGACUCUGAAGUUAACUACUCCUAGCUUUGGUGAUCUGAACCAUCUGAUCUCUGCAACCAUGAGUGGUGUCACAUGCUGCCUUAGAUUCCCUGGCCAGCUCAACUCUGACCUCCGAAAACUUGCAGUGAACCUCAUUCCUUUCCCUCGUCUGCACUUCUUUAUGGUUGGGUUUGCUCCUCUCACCUCGAGGGGAUCUCAGCAGUAUCGUGCUCUAACUGUCCCAGAACUCACCCAGCAGAUGUGGGAUGCUAAGAACAUGAUGUGUGCUGCAGACCCACGACAUGGUCGCUACCUCACAGCCUCAGCCAUGUUCAGGGGGAAGAUGAGCACCAAAGAGGUUGAUGAGCAAAUGAUUAAUGUUCAAAACAAGAACUCUUCAUACUUUGUUGAGUGGAUUCCAAACAAUGUGAAGUCUAGCGUGUGUGAUAUUCCUCCUCGGGGCCUGUCUAUGGCAUCAACUUUCAUUGGUAACUCAACCUCCAUUCAGGAGAUGUUCAGGCGAGUGAGUGAGCAAUUCACUGCCAUGUUUAGGAGGAAGGCUUUCUUGCACUGGUACACUGGGGAAGGAAUGGAUGAAAUGGAGUUCACUGAGGCUGAGAGCAACAUGAAUGACCUUGUAUCUGAAUAUCAGCAGUACCAGGAUGCUACAGCUGAUGAGGAACUUGAAUAUGAGGAUGAGGAGGAGGAAGGUGUUCAUGAGAUGUGAGAGAUGUAAAGGCUGUAUGCUACUUUAUAUUGUGGAAUGUGGUAAUGCCUCGAUAUACUGCUUGAGAGUAAAAAAGUGCAAUUUUCUGUUAGAUUGAGUGGUAACAUAUGUGAAAAGCUGUUUGUAUUACUCUGUUAUAUGUUUGAAUUCUAGCCUUGCUGUUCAAUUCGUUUGCUAUAAUGAAAGUUAAUAGUAUUGGCUAUAUCUGUUUCUUUUCC